GUCGUGAAAUUCAGUCAGUUGACCGCGAUCUUUCGCGAGAGAGGACGUCCCUUGGGAACAGUUUGUUCGGGUUGUGAAAAUUUACGGAAAACUUUUCGCUCACUCAAAAAUAUUUAACGAGAGUUGUAAGUGUGAUAUAGGUUUUAUAUUGUGUGUUGAAUGUUGGUGGGCGGUGUAUGAAAAUAUUUUAAAUGAUAUAACGAGCCAGAUGUCGCUAGCGGCGUGACCCCGGCGUCACCACGAUGCACCAAUGUCUGCUCGCAGUCACGCUUCUGUGUAUCGCUGUCAAAGAUAUAUCAGGUAGCUGGGAAGAAUGGUGGACCUACGAUGGAAUAUCAGGUCCAGGAUUCUGGGGGCUCAUAAACCCGCAAUGGAGCAUGUGCAACAAGGGGCGGCGCCAGAGCCCCGUCAACAUAGAGCCCGACAAGUUACUCUUCGACCCCUGGCUGAGGGACAUACAGUUCGACAAACAUAAGGUCAGUGGUGUACUCCAGAACACCGGCCAGUCCCUGGUCUUCAGGGUGGAGAAGGACAGCAAGCACCAGGUCAACAUCAGUGGAGGGCCACUCUCCUACCGGUACCAGUUCGAAGAGAUCUACUUCCACUAUGGACUCGAUGACAACAAGGGCUCUGAACAUCAGAUCGACCAUCAUACGUUUCCAGGAGAAAUCCAGUUAUACGGUUUCAACAAGGAAUUGUACCACAACAUGUCGGAGGCUCAACACAAGUCGCAAGGAGUUGUUGGCAUUUCACUAAUGGUUCAGAUUGGCGAGCCGACGAACAAGGAGCUGAGACUUAUAACAAGCGCUUUUAACAAAGUCACAUUUAGAGGUAGCUCCUACCCCAUCAAGCACCUACCCCUGAGCUCGCUACUACCCAACACGCAACAAUACCUCACCUACGAAGGCUCCACUACCCACCCUGGCUGCUGGGAGACAGCCGUGUGGAUCAUAUUCAACAAACCGAUCUACAUUUCUAAGCAAGAAAUGUACGCCAUCCGUCGCCUCAUGCAGGGGUCCCAGCUGACCCCAAAAGCGCCGCUCGGUAACAACGCCAGGCCGGUACAGCCGCUGCACCAUCGGACGGUUCGGACUAACAUCAACUUCAACAAGCAGGGAAUGCCGGUAUCAAGCAACUGUCCGGAUAUGUACAGAAACAUGCAUUACACAGCACGUUACGCCCGAAAAUCACGUUCCAAAAAAAGUAUUGCAUGCAAACGCAAGAGAAAACUCACUGUUACACCAAAGAAAGCAUGUUAUAAUAAUAGCUACGCAGUGGCCGAGAGAACACAGUAUGAGGUACAGAAGCGCUGAGGACUUGGCUAUGCUUUCGCUCAACUGAAUUAGCUUGUUAAAAUUAAUUAUAAGUGUAAGUUAAUUACGUACAUUAAUUAUUAUAGAAAGUUAAUACUGAUCCAAUUAAGCUAAACUCAGAUAGUGAUAUUUUUUCCGUAUUGUUUGAUGAACUCGUACGCGAUUGACGCAACGCGCCGCGACAGUCGCGCGCUUCUAUAAUAUACGGUACAAUGGCAUGUCUGUGACGUCGCGAUCAACGCACCAUCGAAGUUUGCAAUAAUAAAUGGUGGUCCAAUGCAUUUUGUAUUCAUAACAGGAGUAGUAAUUACUCUAUAUUUUAUUAUCUUAGUAUGAUUUUAUUAAUAUAUUUUUUAUUGUGUGGUAAAUUAUUUUCUGUGUCAAUUGUUAUAUGUAUUAUAUUGUUUACAAGUAUCGUAUAUCAAGUAUUUAAUAUAGGGUUUUAUUCAAUUUCUAUAUGGAAAAUAUAUCACGGUCUGAUAUAACCCCAAACUCUCAUCGACACAUUUUGUAUUCCACAGAUUAUUCUAUAUAGUAAUUCAAGUUAGAAUACAAAGUUUGCCGACAUUAGUUCUGGUUAGUAUUGUGAAAUGAGUUAUCCGAUCCCUAUCUAUUGUUAAUACUCAAUAAAUAAUAUAGAUGCGAUGCAAGAUCCAUAUAAAAUUAUAGACAUUUUGGAUGCCUGUUUACAAAAAUUACUCAAUAAAAUUGCUUUUUAGGUAAACGUCAAUUGUAUAGACUAUAGACAAUAUAAAAUCUUCCCCAAACAUUAAUUAAUAUGUUUAAAAAUAUUAGAGAAUUAUGUAAAAAAGAGAGUAUUAUUAAAAAUUGGCAAUUAGGAGAAUAGAAUUUAUAUUAUUAAUAAUGAAGCUUCGAAUAUGACGUAAAAAAAUCUUCGCUAAAAUUUAAUGUGUAACAUGUAUAAAUUGUAACGUUAAUAAAAAAAUAUGUGUAAAUAAAAUGUAUAAAGUGUAAUAAAAUAGUUGAAAGUUAUCGUCAUUCGUCCACAACUUCGAGUGUAACUAUCGCAAAUAGAUUAAAAAUUAAGCCAUAUAAAUAAAAGACGAAGCUUCUUAUUAUAUUUGUUUAUAGAAAUUACAAUACUAUAGGGCCCGCGCAAUCAACGCCGGCGUUCCGAGUUCUGCGUUAAGCCACUAUUUGUGUUCCGUGUAACUUUAAAGUGUCACGCAGAUAGACAGUGCGCUCUGACAGCUUGCUAUCUGCUUUAACGUUUGUAACUUUUCUUAAGAAUAUACAGAACGCAGAACUCUUUUUUAUCUGCGAGAGCUCUAAAGAGUUCAUGUUUAUUGAGUUCUGUGUGUUUGCGUCACUUUACAAUGUAGCAUUACGCAGAUGUUAGACAGCGUGGUAUGAUUCUAAUUGCAUCAUACCUGCGCUGAGCUUUAAAUUAACAAUGGUUACAAGGAACGCAAAACGCAGAACGCAAAACGCAGAACGCAUAACACAGAACUCAGGACAGCUGAACUCGUUCAGUCUGCGUAGGUUAUUUUUGUUAUGUGCUGACGCGAUAAUAUAACAUAGAAGUACAACUAUACGUAAAAAUGUAAAAGUACAUAUAGCACGUAGUUUUCCUAUGUUUAUAUUCUGUCAAUUGUUCGAACAAUUAUUAUUAUAAAAUAGGCAAACAUUGUAUACAAAAGAAGCUUAUGAAUAGAUUGGUAUGUAAACUUAGAUUACAUUGUUAUUAAUAUAUUGAUAUGUAAUUAUUGUAACUUACAUAAAUAUACUGUUUAUAUCAAAACUCCGGUUAAUGAAGAAUUAAAAUUUUGAUUUGUAAAAGUUACAGCAUAGGUAUCUAAAAUGCUUUAAUAUAUGAUGCCAUAGUUUAAUUUGUAAUGUAAUGAAUUGUAGUAAAAUUAACUGUAAUGUACCUAUGGAAUUUCAAGUUGUAGAAUUUAGAUGCUGUGUUGUCAACGUAUGUUAUGAUAAUAAAAUAUAUAACAAA